UCCAGAUAUUCAGUGCAGCACAUGCCAAGCGCUAUAAAGGGCGCUCUAGGUUAUACACAUUCCUUGAAAUCUACAAUUAAUCGCAUCCACAACAAGUCCACUCAGAGACCCGGAGUGACACAACACGAGGACUGAGACCAGGGCCAUGAAGCGCAAACGUUUGCUAAACGACCUUGCUGUUUUGAGCCCCCGAAAGAGAGCACAGCCAUUUGCCUCAUCAAAAGCAGGCACGACAGGCACUCACUCUGACAUGGAUAUGCUUCACAUAUCCCGGGUUAUACUCAAGCCAGGGGAACCUAACGCAACAAAAGCAUGUCCACUCCUGCAGGUGCUACGCCAGUACGGUCUUCUGGAGUCCGUGGUAUCCUCUCUGAAGCCAAAAGAUCUACUGGCCCUUGCACUGUCGUGCAAAGCCACAUACAGUGCCUUGUUUCCACGUCCUAAAAGCCUUGACAAUCUUCUCGGGAGGAUGUCCUGCUGCGGUACAGGCAUUGCGAUGCGGAAACGUAUGCAUCACAAGUCGACCUUCUACUACGCCUACCAGUGUACCGAGUUCGCGCAGUGCCGCACCACCUCCAGCCGUCGGAGCAUCGCAGAACGACCCUGCGUUACCUGCAGAGUCACUACUUGUGACGAGUGUCGCAUACAUUGCGUCUACCAGUCUAUCUACGAGACACCCGCCGAUCCUGAAGAGCUCCCAAACUUUUCAGGUUUCGUGUUGCUGGAUUCCUUGGAAUGCGCCAUCCUUAGUCCUCACCACCUUUUCACCGAGGAUGUUGAUUUGCCUCAAUGGCAAGAUCGGGCAUCAGAUGCGGCUGUAGGACCGUACCACGAUCAAGGCUUUCUCGAUAUGCCCCUUGAGAUCGAUCAGCCUGGCAGACCAGAAAAGAUUAGCGAUGUGCUCGAUGUGGAUCUUGGCCUCAAUUCGCUUACAAAGUGGUCUGGGAACUCUCAGUUUGGGUUUCCGUCACCCGUCCUACAAGUCCUUUGCAACGUGGCCGAGGAACGGAUGCUUUUACUCUGCAAAUGCUGUUUUGACGAAGCACCGAAGGGUUACAAGGGCCUGAAGCCUGAACUUCCAAAGCUUUCCUGGCUUAGCCCAAACAUGAAUCAAGAGGUCCUCAAGGAGUGUCACUGCUCCAUGCGCAGCCACGUUCUGGAUCGUUGGCAGUGUGUGAAGUGCUAUGACAACGAGGUGUCACUCAUCAAAGGCGUCCAUAGUGAGGCACCGAGGCCAGAGACGUGGUCUUGUCGCUGUGGAUUGGAUGCAGAGAGAAUCGUAUGCAUGUGGUGCUGGGGCGAGAUCGUUGAGAAUAUAAUCAGGAACGAGCGACCAGUUGCGGAAAUAGCCGCUCGGAUCAGGGCAGGACAAGAGCGUGUACCUGAAGAAUGAUAGGCCUCCAUCCAACCGUCAGUACUUGUCAAGAGGAUCCGAUCACCUCCGGCAUUCCUUAUGGCUAGCGUUAGGCACGCUGCGACAGGGGAGGGACAGGUGUGAGUGGGCGUCAAUACUCCCGUCAAAUUUUGUACACACUAAAUUGUCAAAGUCUCCGUCCGUAGAUAUGGAAGCGCCAUGUAUACUGGUGAGGACUCGAGGUGGAACGUCUCCAAGAACCUCGCUCUAAUCAUGGGUAUGAACGAUGAACAAGUUUCAUGUCACCAACGAUGCGGCAUGCAUACACGUACUUAGAAUAGCGGAUCCUUCGGGUCAUGCGCUUUACCACGG